AUGACGGCCACCCUGACAACCCCAACUAGCGUACCAAUCACAAAGCUGUUGGGGGGUGAGGGACUCACGCGGGCAACGCUGGAGCUGCAUCUGGCCACGCCAGGAGCAGCAGUAGCAGUAGAAAGAGCAGCAGUAGUAAGAGCAGCGGUAACAAGCGAGAGCUCCGCGGCAGCUGCAGGGGUGGCUGGUCCAGGGGUGGCUGCUACAGUGGCGGCUGCUCCAGGGGCGGCUGCUGCAGUGGCGGCUGCUCCAAGGGCGGCUGCUCGAGGGGCGGCUGCUGCAGUGGCGGCUGCUCCAGGGGCGGCUGCUGCAGUGGCGGCUGCUCCAGGGGCGGCUGCUGCAGUGGCGGCUGCUCCAGGGGCGGCUGCUCCAGAGGCGGCUGCUUCAGUAGCGGCUGCUCCAGGGGCGGCUCCUGCAGUGGCGGCUGCUCCAGGGGCGGCUGCUGUAGUGGCGGCUGCUCCAGGGGCGGCUACUGCAGUGGCGGCUGCUCCAGGGGCGGCUGCUGGAGUGGUGGCUGCUCCAGGGUCGGCUUGGAUGCUGGGCGACUCGGCGGCUUAG